AUGCCAUUUUUUAAGGAUAAACCCACCGGGAUAAACCGCCUGGAGCUGUUUCUGGGGCUCGUGGCGUGUUUGGGAUGCCUGUCGGUCCGAUGCUCGGUGGCGGAGGGGGACGCCGGUCCGUGGUACCAGGACCUCUGCAGUUAUAAAUGGGAGGCCAUAGACCAAGAUAACAAAGUGAAAUACACCCUGAAGCUGUGCGAGUCCUCGCCGUCCACCAGCUGUGGGCCCGCCACCGCCGUGUGUGCUCUGGACCUGCUCAGCAAGGUGGAGCAGCCAGUCGGUGACCUGUCCCUGCAGAGGCUCUCGGGCUCCGUGCUCGACUUCAACAACACAAAGAAAUGUCCCGGGGGGGAAAACAACAUCCAGACCAGCAUCAGCUUCCAGUGCGGGAAAACCAUGGGCACGCCGGAGUUCGUGGCCGUGUCUCAGUGCGUGCACUACUUCGAGUGGAAGACGUACGCCGCCUGCAAAAAGGACAAAUUCAAGCCGCAUAAAGAGGUGCCUUGCUACGUGUUUGAUUCAGACGGUAAGAAGCACGACCUGAACCCCCUGAUCAAAGUGAGCGACGGCUAUUUGGUGGACGACGGCGACGACAACAUCGACUUCUACAUCAACAUCUGCCGAAGUCUCAACAGUCCAGACCGGUCCUGUCCAGAGGACUCUGCAGCCUGCCUGGUCACCGGUCAGGGUUCCUUCAGCAUGGGGUCUCCCACCGAGGGGCUGGAGCUGGUGUCCAGUGACAGCUUGAGGCUGCAGUACAGACUGAGUCCCGGCUCGUCUCGUCCAGAUCUCUGUAAAGAGCACGAGCCCGCCGUCACCAUCACCUUCAUCUGCCCGUCCAACAGACACUCGGGCAGCGCCCCGAAGAUGACAGCCGGCUCCAACUGUCGCUACGAGGUGGAGUGGGUGACGGAGUACGCCUGCCACCGGGACUAUCUGGAGAGCCACAGCUGCAAACUGACCAGCGAGCAGCACGACAUCUCCGUGGACCUGACGCCGCUCACGCUGGCCACUUCAGACCACCCUUAUUACGCCCACUCGGGGCCCAGCAGCGGGCCCGACAGCUACAUCUACUACAUGAACGUGUGCGGAAAGAUCCCCACCUCCGAAUGUGGAGAAGACCCCUUCAUCUCGUCCUGCCAGGUGAAGGAGUCCGGAGACCUGACCAAAGUGGCCGGAAGAUAUCAGAACCAGACUUUACGGUAUUCGGAUGGAGACCUGACUCUGAUCUAUCCAGAUGGCAGCAGAUGCUCCUCCGGCUUCCAGAGAAUGAGCAUCAUCAACUUUCAGUGCAACAAAACUGCAUCUAAUGGAGGGCGAGGCAAUCCGGUGUUUGCGGGGGAGACGGACUGCACUUAUUACUUCAACUGGGAGACGGCCUUCGCCUGCAUCAAAGAGAAGGAGGACCUUCUCUGUCGGGUCACAGACGGCAGGAAACGCUACGACCUCUCCCCCCUCACUCGAUACCCCGGGUCAGACGUAAGCGAGAACUGGGAGGCGGUCGAUGCUAAAUCUGCAAAGUCGGACUCGCGUUACUACCUGAACGUCUGCCACAAAGUCAUGCAGACCGGAGGAGCUGCUGGAUGCCCGGAGGAGGCCUCCAUCUGUGCUGUGGAUAAGGCUGGACGUAACGUCAGUCUGGGAAGCUUCCUCUCAUCUCCACAGAAGACUAAAAUGGGAGAUGACAUCCGGCUGGUGUACACCGAUGGAGAUCUUUGUCUCAACAAGAAGACGAGAAUUCAAACUAUCCUGACCCUCAAAUGCAAACCAGGAGAUCUUCAGAGUGCCCCCGUGCUGCGCAGCGUUUCCUCAGACCAGUGCGUCUAUGAAUUUGAGUGGCACUCCGCCGCCGCCUGCGUGCUUUCCAAAACGCAAGGAGACGACUGCAAGGUGGAGGACCAGCAGGCCGGGUUUUCCUUCGACCUGUCGCCCCUCACCAAGCCUGACGGGGGUUUCUACAACCUGACCAGCGGCGACUACAACUACUUCAUCAACGUGUGCGGCCCCGUCAAAAUCGGGUCGUGUCCCGAGAGGGCCGGCGCCUGCCAAGAGGAGAAGAGCUCGUGGAGCCUGGGGGAGGCGAGCUCCCGCCUGUCCUACUACGACGGCCUGAUCCAGCUCGUUUACAGCAACGGCUCCAAGUACAACAACAAGCUGCACACUCUCCGGUCCACCCUCAUCUCCUUCCUGUGCGACCCCCAAGCCGGAGCAGGAAAACCUGAAUUCCAGGUAAAACUUUAA